AUGGAGUUGUGGGACUUCAUCGUUAUUGGCGGUGGCCUCGCCGGCUCUGUCAUAUCCAACAGUCUCCUUCACAAAGAUCCGACGUUGAAGAUCUUGCUGGUUGAAGCCGGGCCUAAUGUUAACGGUCUCGAGGCAAUCGCUUACCCCAACACCAGCACUGGUGCCGGAAGCGACAUUGACUGGGCUUACACGUCCGUUCCGCAGGUCAAUGUAGACAAUAGAUCCAUUGCCGCCCCUGCCGGUAAGGCCCUCGGCGGAGGAACGGCAAUUAAUGGAGCUGACCGAGAAGUUCUUCGACGCCAGCAUGGGGAGAACGGUUCCAUGAUCAUCCAGGGCGUCACGCCCAUGAACCGACACUUCCCCAUGCGAGAGAAGCUGGCCGAGUCUCUUGAGGCUCUCGGGAUCACAGCCCUGCCCCAGCUCGACGCGAACGCCGGAAACCCCAUCGGCUACGGAGACCUCCAGGAGAACCGUAAUCAAGGACGCAGACAGCUCUCCUCGGAAGCUUUCCCCCUGGACGGUGUCACCGUCAUCACCAAUACAAUGGUCGAGAACAUCCUCGUGUCCAAGAGUCUCAAUGGCACCGCUGUGACAGCCAAAGGCAUCCGCUUGCAAAAUGGAACAGAGUAUCACAGCCGUAAAACGAUCCUCUCCGCCGGCGCCUACCGAACCCCCCAACUUCUCAUGCUCUCUGGCAUCGGUCCCGCCGAUUUCCUAACGGAGCACGGCAUCGAGGUGAAGCUGGACCAGCCCGAGGUCGGCCAGAACAUGCACGACCACAUCCUCAUGCCCACAGCAUGGAAGGUCAAGAACCCCUCCGAGGGCUGGGCCUACGAGUCGGACGACCCGCUGUUCAAAGAACCCCAGUACGGCCUCGGCAACAAGAUCGACUUCCUCGCCACCGUCACCCUGCCCAAAGAAGGCCUCGCGGCAGCCAUCGCCGAAGAUGAAGGUGUAGCACCGGGCCCGGAGCACCCGCUCCUCCGCCAGGACCGCGCACACGUUUCACACACGUUGCAGUACAACGGCGCCUCGACGGAUGGCUCUGCGGUUCUGAUGUUGUCUAUCGUCCUGAUCGACACUUCGCAGGGCUCGGUGGGCAUCUCGUCGGCCAACGUCAGCGACCCGCCCGUCAUCGACCCAAAUUACCUCAGCACAGCGGUGGACAGGUACGCCGUGCAGGAGGCUCUCAAGUUCGAUACUAGGCUUCUGGGAAGCGAUCUGACGCCCGCCGGUCGCGAGAUCCUUGACGGCGAGCUCACGGCUGACACGCCUCUGACGGUUGAUUCCCCUGACGAGGCGUUUGCUGCGCGUGCCCGUCAGGUUGCAGGAUCAUGCUUUCAUCCUAGCGGAACGGCGGCCAUGGGCAAGGUUGUCAACACCGGUCUCAGCGUCAAGGGCGUUGACGGGCUUUUCGUCGCUGAUUCUUCCUUCUUCCCGGUCUCCAUCUCAGCGAACUUACAGGUGGCCAUGUACGCCAUGGCGCUCCAGGCUGCGGACAUCAUUGGGGCGCACGGAAGCAAGUGUCGUCAGGUCAGGACCACUUUGUGA